AUGACUGAAUGACUUUCACUUUAGGGGACCCUUUCUGGCUACUCUGGGGUGAGUGACAGCUCUCCCUUGUCUGGGAAGCUGGGGAAAUUUUUGUCCUUCAAACCAGCAGGCAGAGGUGGGUUUUGCUUCUGAGCAAGUUAGGUACCCCUCUGCCAAGUUCCCCAGGAUGCCCUUGAAGUGGGUCAGCCGACCUGCCUGUGUAGAGUUCCCUGCGGGACGGCAUCCUCAGCUGGGAAUAGUUCCUUUAUAUACAUGAACCCUCAUGGGCGCUGACCUUAUAGAGUAAGUGUGCUCUUCAUACUCACACGACCAGUGCUGUGAACACAGCACAGGGUGGCUGUGAGUUGCCCCAGCGUCACACAGCUGGCAAGAGGAAUGGGUUUUAACUCAGGCGGUCGGCUCUGGAGGCCGUGGAGUUAGCUACUCUGCACACGCUGGGAUGUUGGGGCCCACCUUGCCACGUACAAAUGGCGUUCUAGUCCCUUGGCUUCUCCGAGGCCCAGUUUCACCUGGAAGGCAGGGAUGGUAGCACCUGUAUGGCGCAGUUAGGCGAGUCGGAGAAGGCUGGGUGGAGGGGGCUUGGUGGGGCUCCAGGCAGAUGUCACUGUACCUCUGGGCCUCUGUGAUUGUGUCCCUGCCUCAGGGAUGUGCUGGUGACUUCAUCUUUCUUUCAGUAGCUUUUCCUAAGCCCCUGGCCGAGCUUGGGUCCUGUCCUGGGUGCCAGCAUGCACUUAUGAAUGAGCCAGUCAUGUUCUUGGGGAACUGGACAAGCCCGGGAGACCACCCUCUCCAGGGCUGCAGGGGUCUCACCCUGGAGGCAGCCGAGUGGAUGGCAGUGCUGCUGUGGCUUCCAGUCUGGGGAAGGAAACAAUUUGUUUUGGGUCGGUGGUGCCUGAGGGGCCAUGUAAGCCCAGAAGAGGGCUCUGGAGCCCAGACUGGAGGAGUAUGGAAGGUUCCCUGGAGCACGUACCAUUUCAGCUGGGGUCUGAAGAAGGUGCUGGGGCUGCUGGUGUGGGCUCUGAUUGCUGACACUCCGUACCACCUGUAUCCAUCUUACGGCUGGGUGAUGUUCGUCGCUGUCUUCCUCUGGCUGGUGACAAUCAUCUUCUUUGUCCUCUACCUGUUUCAGCUGCACCUGAAGCUGUACAUGGUGCCCUGGCCGCUGGUGUUAAUGGUAUUUAACGUGGGUGCCACUGUCCUCUACAUCACGGCCUUCAUCACCUGCUCUGCUUCGGUUGAGCUGACAUCCCUGAAGGGCACUCGGCCGUAUAACCAGCGUGCAGCAGCCUCUUUCUUUUCGUGUUUAGUGAUGAUUGCCUAUGGAGUGAGCGCUUUCUUCAGCUUCCAGGCCUGGCGAGGAGCAGGCAGCAAUGCAGCCACCAGUCAGAUGGCUGGUGGCUAUUCCUAAACCACCUGGGCCAUGGGCCACUGCGGGGCUGAAGGCUACAGCCUGCUCCCAGUGCAGGUGGCUCCGGAAGCCUGAAGUCUGCGCCCCGUACAGAGUCAGCCUGGAAGGGACUACGCAUGCUCAUCUCUGCUCAUCAGGCUCCUCGGGCUCACGCGACACUCCCAAGGAAUCAGGACCCUUCCUCUGGCAGGCAUGUGGCCUGGAGAGAGGCCAACAGCCAAGACAGUCCUCUCCGCCCUCCAUAUUCAGAAGGUGAUGGGGGAUACGGGACUCUCUUGCUUUGUCCUUAGGACUUUGUGUUCAAAGCUGAGACCUAGCCUUCUCGCCAGCACUAAAAACACUAACAGUGCCGCAGCCCCUGACCCACCAUAGAAUAAGCCUAACAAGCAGCAAGUAUUUAUCCUCGUUUUUGUUCUGGGAAAGCUGAGCAAACUCAUGAAACCAUUCUGAUUCCUGAAAACAUUAACUCUAGUUUGACCCUCCUCCAAGCCAACAUGUCACUUGUAGGGAAACAUGUAGAAAGGGUUAUGAUUCUGACAGCAUGGUUUUCCUUUCCUGCCUUUCGAACGUACCAGUUAUUUAAAACAAAUCAGUUUUAAGAGACUCUCAAUGAUGAAAACCUGAUCCAGGCUUCCCUCCCUUUCCCAAGCCCUUGUUUUGUCAUUUUCCCUUUGGGGAAACUAACAUCAAUGCUGACUGCCUCCCUGACGCUGUUAAUUAGGCACCUGGGACGGGAGGGAAAGUAAGGCCUUGCUGGUGAGUUGCCUUGUGCAUGGUGGUAACUUUGUUUUUGUUUUUUACAAAAAUAAAGACCGAAGAACUUAUUUGGAAAAGA